UUCUGAUUACAGAUGGUUAAACCAGCAUGAAGGCCCCACGACCACUCUUGAGAUCUACAUAUAACAUAACUUCAGUCUCAAUGGACCGUAGCUACGCACUAACAAUACUCGGACUGCCUACGAAUCCAACCCUACAGGGCCAAGAACCAAGCAUCAGUGAGUGAAUUCGGACUUCGGAGAUUUAGCAGUUUUGGUUCCUAAAUCCUAUUCAUCUAUCUCAUGUAAGUGCCAGGAACGAAGAAGUAUCAGCGAAGGAGUAAUAUGCGCUUGCUGGUCAGUCUGUGCUGGUGAAUAAUUCAAAAUGAGACGAUCAGGGCAGUAUGCCGAUUCUGGGGUUGAUGCAUAUGUUUCUGCUCAGUUGCAUCACAUGUCUGCACAGAGAAUGCAACACAACUCUGCAAUGAACCAAUUUCCUGGACGUCCAGAUGCUUUACCCUCUGAAGAAGAGCAUCAUUAUAUGUCUUCUAAAACAGAAGGACAAUGGCAGUGGGAUAGAGAGGCUAUAAAAGCAUCAAAUUCAAUGCCAUCUCAUUUAUACAGUGAAGGUCAAGGGGGUGAUCCAUCUAGAUCUUAUUACCAGGGUCAGAGACCGGACCCUAAAUUGGGUGUAGAGAAACAAACCAUCAAAGAUCCAAGAAGUCAAAACCAUGAGCAAGAUAUGGAAAUUGGGUAUGAGGACAACAACACUUUCGCACAGACAUUUGAAGGUCUUGAACAGAAAUUCCUAGAUGAGAUCAUGAAAUUGACCAAGGAGCAGAAUGAUGCCGAAGAUGCAGAAAAUGCUAGGCAUAGGGAGAAAAUAAGUGAGAUCAAUGCUCAGUACCAGGAAAAGUUGACUGAACUUCGAGCCCGUCAUAGUACUCGCAGAGACGAAUUCCUCUGCCGGGAAACACAAGCACGACAGCAUCAGUAUCAGCAAGCAGAGAUGAGGUCCUACGCCGACAGUAUGGGCCGGAGCGAUCCACAAAACUAUGGUAUUCCUGCUGCUGCUGAAGCACAUCGAGGAUAUGCCUCUGGGCAGUUUGACUCCUACAGAGAGAGAGCUCAGUUUCUUGGAGGUGGCAGAAGUCAUGGAUUUGAGUCAAGGGGUCCAUAUCCUGGAGGACGUGUUUACAAUACGGGUUCUCGCUACUACUGAAAUGCUUAGAACUGAAAUACCAAACCCCCCCCCUUUUAUUUAUAUUUCUCCUGAUCUCAUUAUUGCUUUGCUAUGGAAUAUGGGGUUCCUUCUGUAAUUCCCCAAUGUUGUUGAUUAAGCAUCAAUAUGUUGCUCUAGAAAGCUGCGAGAAGUUGCUCAUCAUGAGUCAUUUUAAUUAUAGCAUCCCUUUUGCUUUUGCUUUU